AUGGACAUUGCCCUCCUUCUCACGUCGGACGACGGGUCGAGCGACCACUCGGGCAUCGUGCAGAGCCCGCGCGCCGGCAUUUGGACGCUCGAGGAAGAGCGGUACUCGCUGGCGCUCAUCGAGUGCUUUGCCCAAGGCUAUUUGCCCGACAUUAUGCUCGGCACGUCGCUCCGCUGCUUCCUCGCCGACAAGCUCUACUGCUCGCCGAUGCGCGUCUCCAAGAAGCUUGCGACCGGCCGCCUCGCCGGCGUCGCGCUCCCGGCCAAGCUCGGUCCGAUCCGGUACGAAAACCAGCAAGUGGACCCGGUCCAGCAAGUCGUCAAGCUCGAGCAGCUCGCGGACGCCGAGCGCGCGUACGCCGAGCGCCUCGACGCCUACGACAUCAAGUUUACGGACCCGACGGCGGUCAUGGAGAUGCAGACCAAGACGCAGGCGCCGUACCUCACGCGCGUCGGCCUUUGGAGCCGCACCGAGCAGCUCUACGCGUGGAAGCUCAUCGAGUGUUUCAUCAAGGGCUACAUCACGCUGCCGGUGGGAACGCGCCUCCGGUCGUUCCUCGCCGAGCGCCUGCGCUGCAGCCCCAUGCGUAUCUCCAAGAAGCUCGCAACGGGCUCGAUCGCCGGCAUCCACCUGCCCAAGAAGCUCGGCACGAUGGCCUACGCGCCGCCCAAGGUCCUCCACGACGGCAGUGACAUGGACGGCAAGGUCGCGGCGCUCGCUGAGCUCCACCGGUUGCGCCAAGCGUGCUUUGGCUACAACUAG